GAGCCGGCUCCUAAAAUGAGUACUCAUGGUUUCCGCGUGGGAACCAAACUCUGGCCUGCCCUCCCUGGGCUGAGGUGGCUGCUGGGGCUGCUCCUGGGGCUUCAGACCGCUCGCUGCCCCGCUUUCUACCUCCCCGGGUUGGCUCCGGUCAAUUUCUGCGAGGCGAACCGAGAGACUGUAACCUGCAAGUCAUCAGUAGCACUAUAUGUAAAUAGAUUGGACUCAGUGGAAUCUGUCUUACCUUAUGAAUAUAAUACCUUUGACUUCUGUCAAGACUAUGGAAAGAAAAGCCCUUCUGAAAAUCUUGGACAAGUACUAUUUGGAGAAAAAAUAACAUCAUCUCCUUAUCAGUUUUCUUUUAACAAAACAGAAACAUGUGUAAAAGUAUGUGUAAAAUCUUAUGAUACAGCAAAUGAAGACCAAAACAAAAAGUUAGCUUUUUUGAAGAAAGGAAUACAACUGAAUUAUCAGCAUCACUGGAUUAUUGAUAAUAUGCCAGUAAUAUGGUGUUGGGAUAUGGAAAAUGGAAAAAAAUACUGCACACCAGGAUUUCCAAUAGGAUGUUUUAUUACCAAAAUUGGCACACCGAAAGAUGCUUGCAUUAUCAGUUCUGAAUUCAACAAAAGUAAUACUUUCUACCUCUUCAACCAUGUUGCUAUUACUAUUACAUAUCACAGGGAGAGUGAAACAAAUUGGGGUAUUGCAAGGUUGGUUUCUGCUAGAGUUGAUCCCAAAAGCUAUAAGCAUUCAGAUGAAAACUGCCUAACUUGUAAUGGACCCCCUAUGGAAAUUCCUGGAGAAUAUACAGAUAAGUUGAAUAUAACCUACACUUACUCUGUGACAUUUGAAGAAAGCAAAAAUAUCAAGUGGGCUUCUAGAUGGGAUUAUAUUUUGGAGUCCAUGCCUCAUACCAACAUUCAAUGGUUUAGUAUUAUGAAUUCCUUUGUUAUUGUUCUCUUCUUAUCUGGAAUGGUGGCUAUGGUUAUAUUAAGGACUCUCCAUAGAGAUAUUAUGAGAUAUAAUCACAUGAAUGCAUCCGAAGAUAACCAGGAGGAGUUUGGUUGGAAGGUAAUUCAUGGGGAUGUAUUCAGACCUCCAAGGAAUGGAAUGUUGCUGUCAGUUUUCCUGGGUCAAGGAAUACAAGUUUUGAUUAUGACAUUUAUUACAUUAUUUCUGGCCUGCCUUGGUUUCCUUUCCCCUGCCAAUCGAGGAGCUUUAAUGACCUGUACUGUUGUGUUAUGGGUCCUUUUGGGAACUCCUGCUGGAUACGUGUCUGCUAAAAUGUAUAAGACAUUUAAAGGUGUUGAAUGGAAGAGAAAUUUUUUGCUAAUGGCACUACUCUGUCCUGGUUUCGUCUUCGCUGACCUCUUUAUUAUGAAUCUAAUUCUUUGGGUGGAAGGGUCAUCGGCUGCCAUGUCCUUCGGUACCCUGAUAGGUAUCCUUGCAAUGUGGUUUGGAAUUUCAGUUCCACUGACAUAUUUUGGUGCAUACUUUGGAAGAAAGAAGAAGCAGUUUAGGUGUCCAGUUCAUACAAACCAGAUUCCCCGUGUGAUUCCUCAACAAACUUUCUUUACAAAACCACUUCUUGGCAUGAUAAUCGGUGGCAUUUUAACUUUUGGCUGUAUUUUUAUUCAACUUUUUUUUAUUCUAAACAGUAUUUGGUCUCAUCAGAUAUACUUCAUGUUUGGCUUCCUUUUCUUAGUCUUUAUAAUUCUCCUGAUUACCUGUUCAGAAGCUACAGUUUUGCUGUGUUAUUUUCAUUUAUGUGCUGAGGAUUAUCAUUGGUGGUGGAGAGCCUUUUUCACCAGCAGUUUUACAGCUGUUUAUCUUUUUAUGUAUGCAGUUUAUUACUUCUUUACCAAACUUCAAAUCACGGGCAUUGCAAGCACCAUUUUGUACUUUGGGUACACGAUGAUCAUGGUCUUGAUUUUCUUCCUUUUUACAGGGACGGUUGGUUUUUUUUCCUGCUUCUGGUUUGUUACUAAAAUCUACGGUGUGGUGAAAGUGGAUUAA